AUGCCUCGCGCCAGUACGACACCGGGCGCCCGGCUCCGGUGCCGACGAGCCUGCGACAGUUGUAAACGGCGAAAACAGAAAUGUAAUGGCGAGCAGCCGUGCACUAUCUGCAGACAGAGGAGUAAAGAAUCCGAAUGCCAUUUCUCAGAUCGCCCGGCGCGGCUACUCAAGCCCGAUGCCAAGGACUCUACCAUGCUACUCAGCGAGCGCAUGGUACCGUCCCCGCAGCGGGAGACGGCGAUGGACCGCCUGUUGAAUUCCCUGGAGGAUCAAGGAAUGGACAUGGAGCAACAGGCCAAGGAUGAAAAGGAGGGAACUGCACCGGUGCCUAAGGUCGCGCGACUUCUGCGCGACGGGCAGGGGAAGUUCAUGUAUAUCGGUGACUCGGCGAGUCUGUCAUUCCUGCAGAGUGUGCGCCGAGUGGUCACCUCGUCAAUUGGCCGAUGCGAGUUCACAGAGGACAACUCCCGGCAUUCAAUGCUUGAGGCUUUCCAGAACAACCCAGGCAAUCAGCCUGGUCCUCUGGUAGAGCCCCCGCCCGACGGGGGAGCACAACGCCUGGCCCGUCAGUUUGUCCUGGCUACUAGUCCAUUGCUCGAUCUGUUCGACUUGCAAGAGUUCCAUCCCCGGCUGGCUAAUUGGGUUGCAAAUCCUUCAGGCGACGAAGACACCGUCAGCUCCAUUUUCUACCUGGUUCUGGCGAUUGGGGCGCAGGUAUCCAGUAUUGACCAGUCAGUAGCCGAGCAGUACUUCGGCAGUGGUCGCCAACUAGCGUUCUCGGCGUUCCAGGAAACCCCGAGCAUUCACACUAUACAGUCCUAUAUAUUGGUCUCCAUGUACAUGCUUGGCGCCUGUAGGCGCAAUGGCGCAUUCAUGAAUCUUGGGAUUGCGCUUCGCGCGGCCUACGCAGUUGGAAUUCACCGCAAAGAUGCCAAUGCUUUGUUCUGUGGGCGUGAGCGUCGGGCCAGAGAGCGAGUUUGGAAAAGUCUGCGGAUGAUGGACCUGUUCCUCAGUGCCUCUCUCGGACGCCCCCCGGCCACUUCAGACUACGACUAUGACAUUCGUGACGAUGCGAUCUUACCAGGAGCACCACAGCAACAUCUGACACCAGAGCAACAGCUCUCGGCCGCGGUAACUUCACUGUGCCGAAUCUUCGAGCGCAUCUUAACCGAUGUCUACAUGAAACAAGUCAUCUCGAUCAACGUUGCAGAAACAAUAUCAAAUCAACAUCGUGCCUGGGUUCGCACCCUCCCCACCGUCCUUAAGAGGCAAACCGAACGACUGGAAAACAAGUCCAUGGAAAGUAGCCUGGCAGCAGCCCACGUUUUCGGCUCCUACUACUGGUCUAUCAUUCUCCUAACGCGGCCGUUCCUCAUCUAUCGUGUGGCCCAGUACGUCAAAGGUAAACUUGAUCCGUCCUUACCCGAGAAUCGGAACGGCAGCUCUCGCAUCGCUCUGUUUGCCGAUGCAUGCGUCUAUUCCGCCCUCCGUGGCCUAGACGUAGUCGACGAUCUAACUCACUAUACCACCCUCCCGAAACGCCUCCCUUUCUUGAUCAACUCGGUCUUCAACUCUGUGAUUGUCCUUGGGGCUGCAUUUUUCGCCGACUACGAUAACCUUCUGCCCCUGGAAGAGGGAAUCAACAAAGCAGAGCGUUUCCUAGCCCUUUUCGUCCCACACGACCCCCACGCUUGCCGUUUCGCCCAGAUCAUCAAAUAUCUUCGCGCAGCUGUGGCGGAGUACAUCUCGCGGCGCAAUCGUCAAUGGAUGAAUAGACGUAGCAAGCAGGUCGAUCAACUCUUCGGUCAAGUCAACGUCGGCGAGAGUCUGAACAACUUACUUCCAGGAGCUGCGCCGUCUGCUACAUCUGUCAGCGUGCCAUCUCCGGAAUCUCCCGGUAAACGCCCUGGUGCAACACCAUCUUUUAUUCCAACUCAGUCUCAGCUUCAACCUCAGGCACCUCAGAGUCUCUCGGCUGACAACGACAUCUGGGAAGCUAUAUGUAACGGCCCAGACUGUACAGAUGCUCUGUCCUACGAUGCAGCCAUCUCUGCCCUCACAACAUCAGGCAUCCCAGUAGGCUGCUCACCCGGGGGCACUAUUCCAUCCGGGCCACCUCCUGCCUCUGGCCCAUCUCCACUUUCCGAUGUCAUGUUCCCAGAGAAUGGGCUGUUGUAUAUGGCGGAAGAUCUGCCGGUGUUUGGGCUCUGGGGGGAAGAAAGCAAUAGCAUAUUAUGA